GGUGGCAGUAGCUCUUCAGGCGUUUCUGGGAGAGGGUUGUGUAAAGUGAGCACAUUACCUGUAGAAAUAUCACAUACUGAUAAAUUGGAGUCAAGUUCAAGUCAGUCUAAGUUGGAAAGAUCCAAAACAGAGAGACAGAGACAUCUAUGGCCUGAGGAUGCGGCACAGAUUUUUGAUGAGAAAAUUCCUGUCCAACAGAAGCUUAAAUUGUUCAACAGAAUAGCUACUGUAAAGGGUGAUGGGACAGUAGAAUUUGAUGUCCCAGGAGACGUAGAACCUGAAGCCCUUAGGGUUCGAUCCAAACAUGUUGAUAAUGUAGUUGAUGAUGAUUCACUUGAUGCAACAGACCUUCAGUACAUACCUCCAUUACAGAUAGUAAUGCUUAUUGUUGGCACACGUGGUGAUGUGCAACCAUUUAUUGCAAUAGGCAAACGAUUGCAGGACUAUGGUCAUCGUGUUAGAUUAGCUACUCAUUCAAAUUUUAAGGAGUUUGUCCUGACAGCUGGCUUGGAGUUUUAUCGUUUAGGCGGUGAUCCAAAAGUCCUUGCUGGUUAUAUGGUUAAGAAUAAGGGCUUCCUGCCAUCAGGACCUUCUGAGAUACCUAUUCAGCGAAAUCAGAUCAAGGAUAUCAUCAACUCUUUGCUUCCAGCCUGUAAGGAACCUGAUAUGGAUUCUGGUGUCUCCUUCAAAGCGGAUGCAAUCAUUGCCAAUCCACCAGCGUAUGGGCAUACCCGUGCAGAGGCACUGAAAAUUCCAAUACAUAUAUUUUUCACCAUGCCAUGGACUCCAACCAGUGAAUUUCCACAUCCUUUGUCCCGUGUAAAGCAACAAGCUGGUUACAGGCUUUCAUAUCAAAUUGUUGACUCAUUGAUUUGGCUGGGAAUACGGGACAUGAUUAAUGAUCUUAGGAAGAAAAAGCUGAAAUUGCGACCAGUCACAUAUCUAAGUGGUUCACAAGGCUCAGACACUGAUGUUCCACAUGCAUAUAUAUGGAGUCCUCACCUUGUUCCUAAACCAAAAGAUUGGGGACCAAAAAUUGAUGUGGUAGGAUUUUGCUUCCUUGAUCUUGCAUCAAACUAUGAACCUGCUGAGUCCCUUGUAAAGUGGCUUGAAGCUGGUGACAAGCCCAUUUAUGUUGGAUUUGGUAGCCUGCCUGUUGAAGAGCCAGAAAAAAUGACUCAAAUAAUUGUAGAAGCACUGGAGAAAACUGGGCAGAGGGGCAUCAUCAAUAAAGGAUGGGGGGGUCUAGGGAAUUUGGCAGAACCAAAGGAUUCAAUAUACUUAUUGGAUAAUGUUCCUCAUGAUUGGCUAUUCUUACGCUGCAAGGCUGUGGUUCAUCAUGGAGGUGCUGGAACAACGGCUGCUGGGUUAAAAGCUGCUUGCCCGACAACCAUAGUUCCUUUCUUUGGCGAUCAACCGUUCUGGGGUGAUAGAGUACAUGCCAGAGGAGUCGGCCCUGCACCUAUUCCAGUUGAUGAGUUUUCACUGCCCAAGUUAGUCGACGCAAUAAAUUAUAUGCUAGAUUCCAAGGUAAAGGAACGUGCAGUAGAACUUGCCAAAGCCAUGGAAAAUGAAGAUGGUGUAGAAGGAGCUGUGAAAGCAUUUUUUAAGCAGCUUCCUCGGAAAAAACCAGAGCCAGAGCCAGAGCCAGAGCCAGCGCCCUCAAGUUUUUUAUCUAUAAGUAGAUGUUUUGGUUGUUCUUGAUUUGAUGCAAAUUGUUCAGUCCCCAACUCAUUUCAUCUAUAUUUUUAAUUGAUGCUAUGAUCAUAAGAUGUGCUCAACCCUUCUCCCUUACCAUAAGGUUACUGAUUACUGUGCAUGCUUUUCUUGACAAAAUUCAAUUUUAGUGUUGAUGCAUGUAAUUAUUUUAAUUCGGGAUGAUUGAUACUUAACUUACAGUACGAUCGGAGGUUGAAUUGUACUUCUUUAUUUUGUUUGCUUUGAUCAAAGCAGUAUAUUCAUUCUUUCUUAAUUAUUACUAAUAUACAGUGUUAAGGGCUUGUAUUUUACA